GCUGGAAAGAUGGCGUCAAUGCACGUACAGCCGAGCAACAGCGGCUCUGCAGGCGGAUAGGCUUGUGUGCAACGGACAACGCAAACAGGCACACCCUUGCAAUAGAUAGUGCAAUUCCCUGCAAUACCCGCCUCGCCAUGGUUGGAUUACUGCGGAUAUAGAGGGGACAUUUUGGAAGCAUCGCCCCAUAAGGAAUGGAAACGCCAGACCACGGCAGGGACGAAGAGGACGAACCCCCAAAAGAUGUGUCGGACGAGUUGUGGGAGGAGCAAAGCCAGGAGGAGGCGGACCUAUACGGCAGGUCUCCGCCCCGCACGCGACGGCAGAUAAAGCUCAUGUCAGGAAAACAUCACCGCGGCAACCAGGGCCGAGGGGCGGGACGAUCGCCCAAUAAAGAUAAAAUGGCUCCACCGGUGCCUUCCUCCUCCUCCUCCUCCUCUUCCUCCUCGUCCCACCCCAGAGACCGAGAUCGAGACCAGGAGCGAGAGCGUUACCGCGAGGGGGGUGGUGGUGGUAGCAGGUCAGCCGAGCCCCCCUCCUCCUCCUCCUCAGCCCCAUCUCCCUCCUCAUCCUCCUCCCUCUCCUCCUCUUCGGCCUUGGAGGACAAGAAGGCCAAGAAGCAGCCUCCCUCCUCCUCCUCCACCACCUCCUCUGUGUCCGAGGAGCAGCACAGCUAUCGUCAGGGCAAGAAGCAGCGGUCCACUCUUCGCUCCAGCGAGCGCGACUCCAAGUUCCAGGGGGCCUUCAUGCUGGAUCCCAUGCUGGCCAAGGGCUCCCCCUACGGGCAGACGCACAGCAUGGACCCCCGCAAACCCUACCUGAGCCUCGGAUGCAGUAGUGGGAAGCUUCCCGUCAGCAUGCCGCACGGGGUGCCGCACCACAUGCCCCUCCCCCGGCCGCACCGCCAGACGUCCCGUACCGACUGCCCCGCCGACCGACUCAAGUUCUUCGAGACGCUCAAGCUGCUACUGAAGCUCACCUCCAUGUCCUCCAAGAAGAAGGAGAAGGAGCAGCAGCAGCGAGGUCAGGAGAGCAGCACCCUCCUGAGUCAGAGUAAAGAGGUCAUCUGGCUGGAGCUGCAGGCAUGGCACGCACGCAGGAGCGUAUCGGAUCAAGACCUCUUCCUCUUCACCGCACGACAGGCCAUCCCUGACAUCAUUAACGAGGUGCUGCGCUUCAAGGUGGACUACAGCACCCUGGGGCCCAGCGUGAUGACAUCAUCAUUAGGGGACCGGCGGAGCACGGGCACGCCCAUCAAGGCCGACAGGCACCGGGACCGAGAACGGGCGCGGACGCCAUCGUCGUUGUCGUCAUCACCUUCCUCUUCAUACCUUGCGACGGUUCGAGAGUGCUCGAGUGAUGACGCUCCACCACCAUCGUCAUCGUCAUCGUCGACUGUCCCUGGCUGGAGUGGCUGCAGUAGCGCCCCCAUGUGGCCAGAGGUCAACACUGCAGCUCCUCUGGGCUGGGGGGCGGAGAGGAGAGAACACCUGCAGAGGCAACGAGUCGCACUGACACAGGUACGGCGUGUGAUGGCGCUACUGGAGUCAGUGGAGGCUCUCUAUCCGUCUCUGCAGACACUCCAGAAGGACUAUGAGAAGUACGCAGCACACGACUUCCAGGGUCGUGUGCAGGCGCUCUGCUUGUGGCUGAACAUCACCCAGGACCUCAACCAGAAGCUGGGCGUCAUGGCGACGGUGCUGGUUGGCUACGUGGGACUCCAGCCGCGGCCUGAACGGCAGCCUGAAGGAGAACAGGGUGGAGAGCAGCAUGCACUAGUCACACUGAAGGUCGUCACUCUACUGGAGGAGCCGUUUGUCAUGGUGGCAGAGAACAUUCUGGGCCAAACAAAGCGUUACAAGGGGUUUUCCAUGGACGUGCUGGAUGCGCUGUCCAGGAUCCUGGGCUUCAAGUAUGACAUCUACCAGGUGGAGGACGGCAAGUACGGCUCCCCUCUCCCCAACGGCUCCUGGAACGGCAUGAUUGGAGAACUCAUCCAAAAGAAAGCAGACGUGGCCAUCUCUGCGAUCACCAUCACCCCGGAGCGCGAGGGCGUGAUCGACUUCAGCAAGCGCUACCUGGACUACUCCGUGGGCAUCCUGAUGCGCAAGUCGCAGGAGAACAUCAACAUCUUCUCGCUGCUGGCGCCCUUUGACCUGGCCGUGUGGGCCUGCAUCGCCGCCGCCAUCCCCGUGGUGGGCGUCAUGAUCUUCCUGCUGCGCCGCGUCCAAUCAGCUCACUCGCAGACCCUGCCGGGACCACACCCGCCGCCCUCCGUCACCACGUCGCUGCAGAGCGCCGUCUGGAUCGUCUACGGGGCCUUCAUGCAGCAAGGCGGUGACUCCAUCAUGAGUUCGGUGGCGUUGCGGAUCGUCAUGGGCAGCUGGUGGCUCUUCACCCUGAUCGUCUGCUCGUCCUACACGGCUAACCUGGCCGCCUACCUCACCGUCUCACGCAUGGACAACGCCGUCAGGUAGGAGGAACCUCCUCGCUCCCCGUCCCACUCAUCUACUGUC